GAGCUUUUGAACUUAUGAUAAGCGGGUCCAAAGACGCCCUUAAACUACUAGUGCGUGCGCAAUGAACAAGAAGACCUUUUUCUUUCUUUUUCUUCACAUACAUCCCGGCUAAAACUCCUGUACAAUCUAAGAAUCAAUCAGAGAGAGAGAGCAUAGGAGAGAUGCCAAAGAGAACUACGCACACCUACUCGAGCGAAGACGCCGCCCCAGAUGGCCCUGAGUCCGAUCUCUUCGUCUACUAUUGCAAGCACUGUGGAUCUCAUGUCCUCAUCACUGAUACCCAAUUGCAGAAAGUGCCUAAGAGGAAAACUGACAGAUCUUAUGUGUUGGACAAAACGAAGCAUCUUGCAAGGCUAAAUAUCAAUGAAGCAGGAAAAGUUCUUUUAAAACGUGGUGAAGGGAAGUUGGAAAAGCAAUUCCGUAUGAACUGCAUGGGUUGUGGACUGUUUGUUUGCUACCGCUCUGAGGAAGAUUUGGAAAGUGCUACUUUCAUUUAUGUUGUUGAUGGUGCGCUUAGUACAGUUGCUGCUGAAACCAACCCACAGGAUGCUCCUGUGCCUCCUUGCAUAUCACAGUUAGAAGGGGGGCUUGUCCAAGUGGCAAUAGAGGUGGAAGACCGUGCACAACGCUCUGCAAUUACAAGGGUGAAUGCAGAUGAUGUUCGAGUGACUGUAGCUGCGCCUGCAGCCCGUGGGGAAGCUAACAAUGAACUUUUGGAAUUCAUGGGCAAAGUACUGGGUCUAAGACUGAGCCAGAUGACUCUUCAGAGGGGGUGGAAUAACAAGUCGAAGCUCCUAGUGGUGGAGGACUUAUCUGCAAGGCAGGUGUAUGAGAAACUUUUGGAGGCUGUACAACCUUGAGACCGCUUUUUGGGGUGCAUCCAGAGCCAUAUUCUCAUAAUAGUGCUGAAAAGCACUUUUGUAAUUUUGAUUGGUAACAAGCCCUUGAUUUUACCGUCCAGCUAACCUAUAAAUAUGGUGAUUUUGUACUUGGUC